AUGCUGCAUAUACCUUCGUGGCUUAGUGACACAUGUACACUCAACGCCGGAGUCCUCAGCAGACCCUUAGCCCAUAACAAUCGAUCCCGCGACGAAUUAGGACUGCAUCUCGUGAUCGAUCGACUUGAAUCAAGCGGGGAUAUAGUCUUCGUACACGGUUUGGGAGGUCACCCGUGGACUACAUGGAGCUGGGAGCGCGAUCUGAACAACUUCUGGCCGAGCUGGCUUGAACAUGAAGGGGCAUUAUCAACAUGGAGGGUCUUCACGUUUGGUUACGAUUCCAAUUGGAGAGGGUCAGGAGCUAAUCUCAAUAUCUCCGAUUUCGCGAAAGACCUUUUGCUCCAGAUUUUGACUUUCACCAGCUCGAACGGGAGAGCCGUCAGGCCAAAGAAGAUCAUCUUCGUUGCCCAUUCAAUGGGUGGCUUAGUGGUCAAGAAGGCAUACCUGCUGGGUAAACAGGAUUCACAAUUCGCCGACAUUGCCGCUUCGUUUUACGGCAUCAUUUUCCUCGCGACCCCUCACCGCGGAGCGCAGUCGGCGUCCACCCUGAACAACAUCCUUGCAAGCCUUCCCUUGGGCCCACCGUCGAAAAGCUAUGUCGCCGAGCUCCAAUUACACAGUAAUACCCUUCACGAGAUCAACGAGCAGUUUCGUCACCACUGUUAUGACCUUGCCUUGAUGUCAUACUUUGAAACAGAGAAGACCAGCAUCGGCCUCAAAGAUGCGAUGAUUGUGGAAAAAGAUUCGGCUGUCCUUCAGUUACCUGGAGAAAUGUCGGGCUCACUGCGCGCAAAUCAUCACACCAUAUGCAAGUUCAAGAGCCCUACAGACACUCAAUAUAUAAGAGUGAGAAAUACGAUCAGCCAUUUCGCUAGAGAGGCUUCACCAACUGAAGGUAUGAUUCAUAAUUUUGGGUCCUUACAAAACCAAAAGAUCGCCGCGAUUCUGGGCGUCCACGAAGAUGCUGAAGACGAUCUCAAAUCCAGGCAUGGCAGGAUUAUGGACGGAACCGGCCAAUGGCUUCUACAAAAGUCGGACUUCACACGUUGGAAGAGCUCGGUGGGCGAUCGCACUACUCCGGUCUUCUGGCUAUUUGGACUACCCGCGAGCGGUAAGACGGCCCUUUCCAGUAUGGUGGCACAUCACUUGAAGGACCAAAAGACGAGCUGUCAGUAUCACUUCUUCUCGACAGGGCACCAGACAAAGCGAACUGCCGCAUACUGUCUUCGUAGCAUCGCUUCACAGCUUGCCCAAAAGAGCCAAGUGUUCCGAGAAGCCUUGUUUUCUUUCCAUGCCGAGACCGGCAUCAAGUUCACUUCGCAAGAUCAAAACUUUCGCACAAUAUGGGAGAAGGUCUUCGAAGGCAUCAUCUUCAAAAUUGCGUUCCCACAGCCACUAUUUUGGAUACUCGACGGGAUAGAUGAGGCCGAUUCGCACUCACUGGUCAUCAACUCUCUCCUGAGAAUACGGUCAGCUACCGCUAUCAAGAUCUUCCUGAGCAGCAGGCCCAUGAAGGUACCCACCGCAACUAAGGGCGAAGGAUCUCCAGUCACCGUACGCUUCUUGUCAGAAAGCGAUACAGCGAGAGACAUACGAGCCUAUGUGGCCACUUCCAUACGCGACAUCUUGACAGCUGCUGAGACUGUUCAACAAGACAUCGUCGAGAAGAUUCUGGCAAAAGCGUCCGGGUCGUUCCUCUGGGUUCGUCUUUCCUUGAGAUCCCUCCGACAAAGCUGUCAUACUCAAGAUGACAUUGAUAAGGCCUUGACCGAACUACCAGCGGGCAUGGUGGGUCUUUACGAACAAAUGCUAGCCAAGCUUCUUUCGCAACCUGAAAGGACUCAAAGCCUCGCACACAUGAUACUAUCAUGGGUUAGCUGCAGCUGGCGGCCCCUGGGACUAGAGGAGUUACAGCUUGCUCUCGAACCUACAUUCACUGGCUUUUUGAAUCUUGAAGAUACCGUCAAUCAGAUCUGUGCACACUUUGUCAACACUGACAACGGAAAAAUAACUUUGAUCCAUGACACCGCGCGUCAGUUUCUCACAACCAACCAAGCUACCAGGAUCGCUUUCGUUCAACCUCGUCAAGCCCAUCUCCAGAUUGCGGAACGUUGUCUCGGAUACCUGUCCCAAGAUACUUGGCCCCGAACAUUCCAUGCAAUAUCAACAGCCGAUGUUGAUCCGAAACGAGGCAUUCGGAGCAACCGCCUUCUCUUAGCCGAACAGGGUGCUCCUCUGCUGGGUUAUGCUACAUGCUAUUGGGCAUAUCAUAUUUCCAAAUCCCCAACGGCGAGCACCGAAAUCACAAACGCACUAAAAGUGUUCUUCUCUUCAUACUGUCUCUCCUGGAUUGAGGCUAUCGCGUUAUCCGCCAACCUACGCUACUUGACGAGAUCAGCGAGGUAUUUGAAAGCUUAUGCAAAGAGGAAAAAGCAUGCUAGAAUGCAUAAGGACUCGUCUCCUGUGUUGGAUAGCCUGACCAAAUUACCAGAAGAUGAUCCAAAGUGGCUACAGUCAUGGGCCAUCGAUCUCAUCCGACUUGUUGGAAGAUUUGGUUCCAUUCUCCUAGCGAAACCAUUGUCGAUCUACCAAGACAUUGUUCCUUUUUGCCCGAAAGGUUCGAUGUUUACUCUUACCUAUGGAGAGCACAAACUGGGACAGCUCACAGUUACUGGACUUCCUUCCGAUGGCUGGGACGAUCGCCUAGCUCGUGUCAGCGUAGGCGACGAUUACAUAGCUUCGCAGGUACUGGCGACAGAAUCAUACUUCGUCACGUUGAUCAGUAGUAUCGGUAGCAUCCUCGUGUGGCAUACUGAAACAUGUGAGAAGGCACGUCGGAUGGAAGUAGGUGAAUACGUAGCGGUGGUGACUCUCAACAAUAGUGGGACGUUGUUGGCGACAGCGAGUCUUAGCCAUUGCGCGGUAUGGGAACUAUCGUCUGGUCGAUUGACGUCGCGAAUUGACAACUCAACGACGAAGCGAAUCAUCGCCAUGUCUUUCGCCAACAACGACGCGCAUCUUGUCGUUGGGUCUGACGACUGUUCAGUCACUGUACACGACCUUUCAACAUCAAGCAUAGUGCAGCAUUACGUUUUCGAAUCGCCGAGUCAAGAUUACAAUGGCUGCCCUACGGCUAUGGCAAUCAACCCAGACGCGACCGCUGCCGCCAUAGCCUGGCGUGGCAAAGUGCCUCUGAUUUGGCACUUCCAAGCCACUGCGCUCCAACCAGCUCGGAUACGCCGGCUUCGCUCGUCUAUAACAUCACUUUCAGGCCCAGAAGAUCUUCGUUGGCAAGUCGACGGCGAUUCGCUCUUCAUCCUCUGUCAAGAUGCCAACUUGGUAGAGUGGCGACUAUUUGAUGACCAGCAACUUGCUUACCCUCAUCUGAAAGCCCGCGAGUUUGCUAUAAAUUCUGAAGGUAGUCUUUUGCUCACGUCAGAUCACAGUGGAACGAUCAGCGUAUGGGCCUUUCCGCGCCUGUCUCUGAUAUACCAGCUUGGUAGCGUCAACGACUUCGUGAGGGACGUAGCAUUCAGCCCAGAUGGUCAGAGGCUCUAUGAUGUGAGAGACUCGGUAUGUAAUGUCUGGGAGCCGGACGUUCUCGUUCGCCCUGAUGAGCACGACAUGGAGGACGAGUCUAGCCUGGAUGAAUUGAGCUUAGUUUCUAGCGAGCCGACCAUGUCGCACAUCGAUAAUACCAAGGCCUUCGUAUCGGCGGUAUCUAGUAGUGGAUCUGAUACUUAUUAUUGUUGCGGGAGGGAUGAUGGCUCGGUUAUCAUCCACGAAGUUGCAAACAGUACCCCCAUUCGCAAAGUCUACACCCACUCAUCCACCACAUCCGUACUUCGUAUGCAAUGGUCACCAUCCGGGCGAUACAUGGUAUCCAGCGACGAUUCUGCUCGCGUCAUCGCAAAGAGAUUAGAAAUGAAGGCCAAGGAUCAGUGGCGCGUCUACCCAGUGCUAGACGCGCGGGUUCCAGACGAGCAAUAUUUGUUGAUAUCGACAUCAUCGACCGAUCAGCUAUACGAUACACGAUCGAAGCAGCGGCUGUGGUUCAAAGACUGGGGAUCUAGACAGCGUCGCCGUUGGGUACAGGAUCCUCUGGAUAUAACGUCACUCAUUUGGCUUGAGCCUCAAUUACUGACCAGCUAUCAAUGGUCCACUAUGAGCGUGCAAGUCAGUGUUGCGAUCGAGUCCGAGCCAGAAAUAGAACAGGAAGAGUGUUCGGAGCCGCAAAAGCAUGAUCAUAUCGAGAAAAUCGUCGUGUGGGCGGAAGCCAUUCCAUCGAGUGGACAAAUUCUGUACGGCACGCUCCCAGCGAGCCAUUAUCAAGGAGUCGUAUCUCAACUCUCUCAUUCUGGUCUCCAUGUGGAAGCGAUAAAGAUGUCUCGCACGAUCGAAUCACGAAUCGCGUCCUUUACACCGGAGUGCACACCAGAACUCGCUCGACGCGCGAAAAGACUAGUGGGCAUCACAAAAGGAAGAGUCGCGUAUCUAGACCACGACAACCAGCUAUGUACUUGGGAUUUAGAAAACGGUAUAGAUGGGAUGCAAAAACAUUUUUUCUUGCCACGGGACUGGCUCGAUACGAGCUCGUUGGAAACAGCUCUGAUCAACGAAGAAGGGACGUUUUUUUGCCCUAAGGGAGGCUACGUGGCUGUUGUUCGGAACGGGCUGUCUUUUUAAGAGUAAAUUUCAACUACCGGAUAAAAACCAUCGCGAUGGAAAAUGCUUUAUGCAUGAUGCCAGUGAGCAGAGAGCAGCCGCGGCCUGAAUCCAAGCGACUUCAUCCACUUGAUCCAC